AUGUUAGACAAACUUCAUUACAGUCAACAUGCACGAAAUCCCGGUGGAAAAACUAAUCGAAAACUGAGAAUCCUCUCUAGUAAUUCUCAUGAACUAUGUGGUAAUGAUAAUACAAUAGUUGUUUUUCAAAUUCUUGAUUCUCGUCGUACAUAUUCAUUUGUUCGUACACCAGCUGAACCAUUUCCUAAUUAUGCUUAUGAUCGUUGUAUACGUUUAAAUUCAUUUAAUCAAUCAAUAAUAUAUCACUUUGCAAUUUAUAAUAAACAUGAAUUUCAUCCACGUUAUUGUUUAGCAUUUUGUACAAAAUAUGAACAAAAAUAUGCAUUAAUUAAUGAUAAUGAAUGUUUAUGUACAAAUGAACCCAUGAAAGACGAAUACAAUGAUGUUGAUAUAUUACCUGGACAACAUUGUUCUCAACAAUGUGCAGGCAAUUAUUUUUAUUCAUGUGGAAAUAAAAAUAAUUUAGCUAUAUAUUCAAUGUAUUUAUUACUACCAAAAUGUCGACAUGGUUUUGAAGUCGCAGAAAAUGAUCAACAAUGUGUUUUUAGUCAUUUUUCUUCUAAAACAAACUCUCUUCAAUUAGCAAAAAAUUAUUGUGAAACAAUUGGAGGCAUACUGGCAAAAAUUAAUGAUAUUGUCGAAAUUCAAGAUAUUCUACCUAAUCCAAUAUUGCAUACACGUCUUACGCAAAAAUUACUUAUUUUUUAUAAAUUUCGAUUUGUCAAUGAUACAAGAUAUUAUUGGAUUGAUCGUACAACAGAUGUAGCUGAUUCAGCAACAGUAUCCGAACGUUUACUUAAACAAUGUUCUAAAAUACCUGAAAUUUCUGAUAAAAAUUGUAUUGCUAUACAAAAUGUACUAAAUUCUGAUCAAAAUAUAGUAAGUCAUGAAAGAUGUAUUACUGAAUCAAAUGAAUGUUCAACAAUAUCAGCUAUGCCAGUUUGUGUUGAUAAACAUAUAGAAAUAAAGUCAACACUUGUUCCACCUAUUUCAGAUGAAAAUCCAUCAGAGGUAUCAGUUAAUAUUACAAGUGAACAUUUAUGUGAUGAUAAAGAUAAUGAAUAUCACUUUAUAGAUAAUUAUUGUUAUAAAAUAUCCCAUCAUGAAGUAAGUUGGAACGAUGCUCAAACAGAAUGUCGACGUGAUAAAGCUAUGGUAUUUAUUCCUGAAAAAUCUAUUACAUUACAAUACAUUAAAUCAUUACUUUUACGCCGAAGAAUAUACAUAUCAUCAGGUUUUGCACAUGUUGGUGUUUAUUAUGAUAAUUCAAAUCACACAGUUGUACAAUAUGAUAUAUCAAGUGAAGAUGAUACAUUAGCUGUAUUAGAUACUAAUGCUAUUUAUGAUUUGUGUGAAAAAACAUUUCAAGAACGUUAUACAGCAUUAAUGAUGUCAUCAAGUUUAACAACAAGUGAAAAAACUCGUUUAAAAACUCAACAAAGUGGUUGUGCAUACAUUGACUUAAUGUCAAAUGUUAUGCCAAUAAUUCGAUGUGAUGAAAUACCGUGUAAUCGAACAGCAAUUGUUAUAUGUCAAAAAUUACCAACUAUUAAAACAAGUAUUAUUCAAGCAAAACGUAAAUAUAUUGAACUACCAUCGACUGAUACUUCAACUGAUCUUUCAUCCACAACAACAGUAAUUAAUACUGAAAGAGUUUCAUCGGUGAAUGUUAAUCAAGAUGGAAAAGCUGAAACAGAUUCUUCAGUUGAUAUACAAUCAAUUGGAAGAGAUUUUCCUUCAAUGUUUUCUGAUUUUAACUAUUCCUUUUAUUCUAAUACCUCUUCGUCUUAUGCAUAA